AUGGAGCUGUGGCGCCAGUGUACCCACUGGCUGAUCCAGUGCCGGGUGCUGCCCCCCAGCCACCGCGUGACCUGGGACGGGGCCCAGGUGUGCGAGCUGGCACAGGCCCUCCGGGAUGGCGUCCUUCUGUGUCAGCUGCUCAACAACCUGCUGCCCCAUGCCAUCAACCUGCGUGAGGUCAACCUGCGCCCCCAGAUGUCCCAGUUCCUAUGCCUUAAGAACAUCCGUACCUUUUUGUCUACCUGCUGUGAGAAGUUUGGCCUCAAGCGGAGUGAACUCUUUGAGGCCUUUGACCUCUUUGAUGUGCAGGAUUUUGGGAAGGUAAUCUACACCCUGUCUGCUCUGUCCUGGACCCCGAUUGCCCAGAAUAAGGGGAUCAUGCCCUUCCCCACCGAGGAGGAGAGUGUGGGUGAUGAAGACAUCUACAGCGGCCUAUCUGACCAGAUCGACGACACGGUGGAGGAGGAUGAGGACCUGUACGACUGUGUGGAGAAUGAGGAGGCGGAGGGUGAUGAGAUCUAUGAAGACCUCAUGCGCUCGGAGCCCAUGCCCAUGCCGCCCAAGAUGACAGAGUAUGACAAGCGGUGCUGUUGCUUGCGGGAGAUCCAGCAGACGGAGGAGAAGUAUACGGACACGCUAGGCUCCAUCCAACAGCACUUCAUGAAACCCCUGCAACGGUUCCUCAAACCUCAAGACAUCGAGAUCAUCUUCAUCAACAUCGAGGACCUGCUUCGUGUGCACACUCACUUCUUAAAGGAGAUGAAGGAAGCCCUGGCUGCCCCAGGUGCACCCAUUCUCUACCAGGUCUUCAUCAAAUACAAGGAGAGGUUCCUCGUCUACGGCCGCUACUGCAGCCAGGUGGAGUCGGCCAGCAAGCACCUGGACCGUGUGGCCACAGCCCGGGAGGAUGUGCAAAUGAAGCUGGAGGAAUGUUCUCAGCGAGCAAACAAUGGGAGGUUCACCUUGCGGGACCUGCUGAUGGUGCCCAUGCAGCGGGUACUCAAGUACCACCUCCUUCUCCAGGAGCUGGUCAAACACACGCAGGAUGUGGUGGAGAAGGAGAGCCUGCGGCUGGCCUUGGAUGCCAUGAGGGACCUGGCACAAUGUGUGAACGAGGUCAAACGGGACAACGAGACGCUGCGGCAGAUCACCAACUUCCAGCUGUCCAUUGAGAACCUGGACCAGUCUCUGGCCCACUAUGGCCGGCCCAAGAUCGAUGGGGAGCUCAAGAUCACCUCAGUGGAGCGGCGCUCCAAGAUGGACAGGUACGCCUUCCUGCUCGACAAAGCUCUGCUCAUCUGUAAGCGCCGAGGGGACUCCUACGACCUCAAGGACUUUGUGAACCUGCACAGCUUCCAGGUUCGAGAUGACUCCUCUGGAGAUCGAGAAAACAAGAAGUGGACUCACAUGUUUCUCCUGAUCGAGGACCAAGGCGCCCAAGGCUAUGAGCUGUUCUUCAAGACACGAGAACUGAAGAAGAAGUGGAUGGAGCAGUUCGAGAUGGCCAUCUCCAACAUCUACCCUGAGAACGCUACUGCCAAUGGGCAUGACUUUCAGAUGUUCUCCUUUGAGGAUACCACAUCCUGCAAGGCUUGCCAGAUGCUGCUGAGAGGCACCUUCUAUCAGGGCUACCGUUGUCAUCGGUGCCGGGCACCUGCACACAAGGAGUGUCUGGGAAGGGUCCCUCCGUGUGGCCGAGCUGGGCAAGAUCUUUCAGGAACUAUGAAGAAGGAUAAGCCACAUCGCCGGGCUCAGGACAAAAAGAGGAAUGAGCUGGGCCUGCCCAAGAUGGAGGUGUGUCAGGAGUACUAUGGGCUUCCUCCACCCCCUGGAGCCUUUGGACCUUUUCUACGGCUCAACCCUGGAGACAUCGUGGAGCUCACCAAGGCUGAGGCCGAACAGAACUGGUGGGAGGGCAGGAAUACAGCUACCAAUGAAGUUGGCUGGUUUCCCUGUAACAGAGUCAAGCCCUACGUGCAUGCCCCAGUCUUGGAAUCAACCGUUUUCCCAAGGAGCCCUGGUCCUUUCAGUGGGACAUGGCAUUCAGAAGCCAAGAUCUGGACAUCUCUCCAGUUUCUGCCUCCAAAUGCACCGCCUUCUUAAAGCUACACCCAUCCUAGCCUCCUCCUCUUCCAUUACAAUGAAGACUCUGAGAAAAGAUAGAAAAAAAUGACAAUUCUCCUUUCUACUCAAGGAUUCCAUGCUCCUGGCACCACCCAUCUUGCAAGAAACUACUCUGUUUUCUGUAUGCCUCUCUGGAGUUUCUUAGUGCACAUACAAGUAGAUACAAAUACGGAUUCUCAUUUCCCCCAUGAUAGAUUCAAAAGAUUUGAUAUUCACUGUUAUGCAGCCUCCCCCCCCCACCCCUUAAUAUAUCUUGGGAUCUUUCCAUAGCACUGUACGUAGACCAUUUUAUUCUUUUUUUCCUUUAAAAAAAUUGCGGUGAAAUUUGAAAAAACAUUAGCCAUUUUAAAAUACACACUUCAGUGGUACUUAGUACAUUUUGCAAUCAUUUCAUUUAUGUGAAACAUCUAAAAUAGGUAAAUCCAAAGGGACAGAAAGCAAAUUGGUGGUUCCCAGAUUUUGGAGGUGGGGGGGACUAGGGACUGAUGUUUAAUGGGUGAUGUGUAUGGGUUUUCUUUUGGGGUGAUGUUUUGGAACUAGAUAGAUUAUUCCUCAUUCUUUUUAUUGUUAGUAUUUUUAAAUUAUGGUAAAACACACAUAACAUAAAAUUUACCAUUUUAACCAUUUUUGAGUGUACAGCUUGGUGGCAUUAGGUAUAUUCAGACUGUUGUACAACCGUUCCCACCAUCCUUUGCCAGAACUCUUUUCAUCUUGCAAAGCUGAGACUCUGUCCCCGUGAAACAGUAACACCCCUCCCUUUUCCUCAGCCCCUGGCUCCCACCAUCUACUUCCUGUCUCUAUGACUUUGACUUCUCUAGGGACCUCAGGUAAAUGGUAUUGGUCCUUUUGAGAAUGGCUUUUGCACUGAGCCUAAUGUUUUCAAGGUUCAUCCAUGUUGUAGCAGGUGCCAGAAUGUCCUUCUUCUUCAAGGCUGAAUAAUAUUCCAUUGUGUGGACAUACCACCCUUUCUUUACCUGUUCAUCUCUUGAUGGGCACACACCUUUUGGCUCUCAUGGAUAAUGUUGCUAUGAACAUGGAUAUGUAAAUAUCUCUUUGAAUUCCUGUUUUCAAUUCCCUUGGGUAGAUACCCAGAAGAGGAGUCACUGGGUCAUAUGGUAAUUCUAUUUUUAGUUGUUGAGAAACUGUCAUCUGUUUUCCUUAGCAGCUGUGCCAUUUUACAUUUCUGCCAUAAGAUUUCCAAUCUCCCUAUAACCUUGCCAACACUUACUGUCUUCCGUUUUUUGGUUUUUUGUUUUGUUUUGUUUAUUUUUACAGUAACCAUCCUAAUGUGGUGGAAGCGAGCACCUUUGCAUUUAUUCAGACCAGGGGCUGGGCUUUCUGUAAAUAUAUAAUACAAAUUUUCAUCUUUGCAGGUCAUAGGCUCUCUUUGUGACCGCUUACCUCUGCCAGAGAAGUGCAAAAGCAGCCUCAGUGUGUAAACGAGAGGGCAUGGCUAUGUUCUGAUAAAAACUUGAAUUUGUGGACCUUGGCAUGUGAAUUUCAUCCCAUCCUCACAUGCUGGGCAAUAUUAUUCUUCCUUUAAUUUUUGUCAACUAUUUAAAAACAUAAAAUCCAUUCUUGGCUUGAGGGUCAUGCUAAAACAGGUGCCUGGACAGCCCCUGUUGGAAGUGGACGGGUCUCUCGGUGAACAGCACAGUGCCUGGCACUCAGUAAAUGAUGGUGGAAUGAAUGAUAGUAGAUGAUAACAAAUGCAUGGAGUGCCCUGCCAACCUGGGUUCUUGAUCCUAAGUCCCAGUCUCUGUCUG